UCUUUCUUUCUUCUCAGGCCAAAAGCCCAGCCCGAACCAGAAAAUUCUCUCGAGGAAAAUAUAAUAAAACUAUAUAAUAGUGAUUAUUAGUAUUAUACAGAGAGAGAAAAAGAAAGAGAAAGGCGAAAAAUAGAGAUUCGUUCUCUGCGAAAAUCAACAAUCCAUUCGAUCCCCCGCGCUUCCUCUUCUUCUCUACAAUCAACAAACUCGAUUCGACUCGGAGUUUGACUCAGCUCUCUUCUUCGAUCUCACAACUCACGACUCAGCUCCCAAUUUCAACUGGGUUUUUUUUCCCGGCGGAUAUUGGAAUUGGACAAGCUGAAUUUGUUUGGAGCAGUAUGAGCAUAAACAACCCUGGCGAAGAAGAAAAUUAUUAGGGUUUGGUUCUGGCGACUGUGGUGCGGUUUUGGCGGUGGGGAAGAGCUUUGAGCUUUCCAUGGGCGAUGGAGGCGUUGCAUGUGUGCCUGUACAGCAUAUUAUGGAGCGUUUUUCAGUUUGUGGACCCAAGACUAACAACAGCACGUUCAGUACUUCUUCUUUAAAUUCUACUACAGCAACUGUGAAGAAGAAGAAAAAAAAGAUGAAUGGUAAGAUGAAAGCAAAGCGGGAGAAAAAAGUAGUGAACUUGAGUUCUAAGAGUGUUGUUAAAGAAGUUGAGUCUAAUGGUGACGCUGGAAAAGAUGAAGUUGAGGAGGGUGAAUUGGGUACUUUACCUGUGGACAACGGACAACUUGUUCCGGAGAAAUCAUUUUCGCGAAAAUUCGAAAUAAAGAGUGAAAUUGAGAAGGGGGAGAUUACACCUGAUGUUAAAAGGGGUGAGUUUCUCAAAGGAAGGUGGCGCAAAGGGGAAUGGGAAAAGGCUAACUAUAUUUCUGAUAAGUCUGACAGAAAAGGGGAGUUUGAUAAGAAUGAACCUGGUUAUGAACCAGGUGAAUUUGUACCUGAUAGGUGGCGGAAAGGUGAGGGCUCAGCAAGGGAUGAUUUUAACUAUAGCAGAACACGCAGGUAUGAUUUUGGUAAAGACAAGGGUUGGAAAGGAGACCUAGACUGGACGCCACCUUCGGUCAAGGACAAAGGAUGGAGAAAUUGAUCGUGAAUGGACACCACCUUUGGCCAAGGACAGAGGAUGGAGAAAU